AUGGCUUUGCUUCUCUACGCAGCCAUAUUCUUCUUCUCCUUAUUAUACUUCUUCAACCGUAGAAGAAGCUGCAAACACCCCCUCUUGAGUGACUACCCUAUCCUUGGCAUGUUACCACCCGUUCUCUUCAACUUGUGGCGGAUCCAUGAUUUUUUCACUGAUAUUCUCACAAAACAUGGUGGCUCUGGUGAGUUCAAAGGACCAUGGUUCACCAAAAUGAACUAUUUGGUCACUUGUGACUCCCUCAACGUGCAACACAUGUUGUGCAAGUGCUUCGAUAACUACAUGAAGGGACCCGAGUUUCGUGAGAUUUUCGAACCCUUCGGAGAUGGUGUUGUCACUGCCGAUUCAGAAACAUGGAAGUACGUUAGAACCCUCCUUCAUUCCUUGGUCAAACAAAGGAGGUUCGAAGCGUUUGUCGACCAAACCGUUCAAAACAAGGUUCACGCAUGCUUGCUUCCAAUACUUGACCAUCUGCAACAACAAGGGAAGGUGGUGGAUCUUCAAGACGUGUUCAAUAGGUUCACAUUCGACAACAUAUGCUCCACAGUUGUAGGGUGUGAUCCUAUGUGUCUUUCCAUCGACUUCCCCGAAGUUGCAAUUGAAAGGGCUUUCAAUGAGUCAGAAGAGUCCAUAUUCUACAGACACACAGUGCCAAUGAGUGUUUGGAAGUUUCAGAAAUGGCUCCAAAUAGGUCAAGAGAAGAAGAUGACUGAAGCAAUCAAAACGUUUGAUGAGUUCAUAUAUUCAUGCAUAACGUCCAAGCGAGAAAAAUUAAGCAAGUGUAGCAAAGAAGAAAUAGAUGAAGCUCCAUUUGACUUGCUAACAGCUUUAAUCACAGCGGAAAAAGGAGAAAAACGUGUGCAUAGUGACAAGUUUCUAAGGGAUGCUGCGUUUAACUUCUUUGUAGCGGGGAGAGAAACCAUGACUUCAGCUCUCACGUGGUUCUUCUGGCUUGUUACUAAACACCCUUUAGUGGAAGCACAGAUUCUUGAAGAGAUCAAAGAUAAUUUUAUGACAAUGAGGGGGUUUUAG